CAAGACUCCUGGUCCAGCCACCCAGGAUCCACAGUUCUGAUCCGAGCCAGGGAGACUUUCUCUGCUCAGGGAAGUUUUAGAGAAUAAAUCCAGGUCGAGCGUCGCUUUUUUGGAGCUGAAGACACCGAUGAGAUGAUCAGCUGGGACUGAGGACACGUGCGCCUGGACCAUGUUUGCAAUCUGCGGAGAAAUAGAUCCAAAAUUAUCGUUUGAAUUUUAAGAACCAGUCAACGUGGAUUCCCACCGAGACUCUUAUUUUCUAAUAAAACCUCACAGCAUCAGUUGUUUCUCCUUCAAAGCUCCGCUGAAGCUCCGGAGGAGCGCAGCUGAACUGGACCUUCUGCUGGAGACUCAAGUGAUUUAGGUUCUUCUUUUCUCAUCGCGAGGUUAUAUCUAAAGAAAAACAAAAACAAAGAGGGAAAACUUCGAACCACCACGACAGGACUUUAAAUGUUCGGGAUUCAGGAGCAGCUGAUUCGAGAAGUGAGUGGAAUAAAAGAGAGGAACCUUGGAGAGGAGAUGGAUCCGGUCCGGUCCUGGGUGCGUAAUGUUGGAGUGGUGGACGCGAACGUCGCAGCGCAAAGUGGAGUGGCUCUGUCCAGAGCUCACUUUGAGAAGCAGCCGCCCUCCAAUCUCCGCAAGUCCAACUUCUUCCACUUUGUCCUGGCGCUCUAUGACAGACAUGGCCAACCUGUGGAAGUGGAGAGGACGGCCUUUGUGGACUUUGUUGAGCAUGAAAAGGAACAGACAGGAGAAAAAACGAACAACGGCACACACUACAAGCUCCAGCUCCUCUACAGCAACGUCGCUGCUGCGAGAAGAAAAGUUGUGGCAAUCGAAACGAGACACCCUCUGAUCCAGUCAUCAUUGACAGGUUUUUCUUGAAGUUCUUUCUGAAAUGUAACCAGAAUUGUCUGAAGACGGCAGGAAACCCAAGGGAUAUGAGGAGAUUCCAGGUGGUCCUGUCCAGCACGGUGAGCGUAGACGGACAYGUCUUAGCCGUGUCCGACAACAUGUUUGUCCACAACAACUCCAAACAYGGCCGGAGAGCUCGCAGGCUGGAGCCAGGCGAGUCUGUGGAGAAUACCAUGGAAUACGCUACCCCGUGCAUCAAAGCCAUCAGUCCCAGUGAAGGUUGGACCACCGGUGGGGCCAUGGUCAUAGUCAUCGGGGAGAACUUUUUUGACGGGCUGCAGGUGGUGUUUGGAAGCAUGCUAGUCUGGAGUGAGCUGAUCACUCCCCACGCUAUCCGUGUGCAGACACCUCCUCGACACAUCCCCGGGGUCGUGGAGGUCACUCUGUCUUACAAAUCAAAGCAGUUCUGCAAGGGAGCRCCCGGACGCUUCAUCUACACAGCACUUAAUGAGCCGACUAUAGACUACGGUUUUCAGCGUCUUCAGAAGGUAAUUCCCCGACAUCCCGGUGACCCAGAGAAACUAGCCAAGGAGAUUCUCCUAAAAAGAGCAGCAGAUCUGGUGGAGGCUCUGUAUGGGAAUCCACACAGUAAUCAGGACAUGCUGCUAAAGCGUGCCGCUGACAUCGCUGAGGCCCUCUAUAGCGUCCCCCGCCCUCACAGUCAGCUGCAGGCGCUGCCCAGCUCACCGGCUCACGGCAGCGUCAUGGGUCUGGGCUCCUAUCCUUCRCAGUUAGGUGUUAGCAUCGGAGAGCCAGGACAGAGCAGCCAAGGUUACAUCCGUAACUCCAGCAGUUUGUCUCCAAGAGGCUACCCAUCAGCUUCCACYCCCCAGCAGUCGAGUUAUGGUGGCGCCGCUGGAAUGACCGGAGGCUACGGAACAGUUCCCAUGGCUAGUCUUGGAGUUCCUGGGUCUCCAGGUUUCAGCAGUGCCUCCCCCACAAGCUCACCCUACAUAAUGCCCUCCAGCCCCACCAUACCAGGAAGCUCCAGCUCUUCAUCGUCUCUCUUACCUUUCUCCUCUUUCCCUUCUGCUGCUAAACAGAAGAGUGCUUUUGCUCCCGUCCUCAGGCCCCAAGGCUCUCCUUCCCCUGCCUGCCCCGCCUCAGGGGGGAGCAGCUUCAGAGCAAUGACGAGCCUGGUUGUUCACCCGAUGUAGCAAAGCACCCACCCCAAUCUACCCCAGAACCACUGCUUCACUUAUAGUCUCCCCUCGUGUGGCACUGACGGGGCAGGGAGAAGGAAAAACUGACAACUAUAACUUUCCUCCCUGAUCACCCUCCGUCUUUUUCUUAGUCCCUUUUUUUUGCAUUCAGCUGGAUGAACAGUAUGAAAAUGUCCAAAGAGCAGAAGUCUACUCCUGAGGAAAACCCUUCAGCCACAACUGCAGACAAACUUCCUUUUGACAACAAACAGCCAACUUUCUUUAUGAUGAAGAUUCCACCAGGAAACGGAGAAACACUGCUUUCAAUUUCACCUCAAGAUUCCAAAGGAUCUGCAUUGACCUCUGACCCAUCAUCACAUGCAGAUUUCAGACAUUUUUGUCCGACACAAGAUGUGCUGUUGAAACAAACAUUGCAGCUCUCAGAAGCAGGGUGUGUGUUUUUCUCAGUGUGCGGACACCUAAAUGGCAUGUGUGUACACUGUGUGCUAGGAAGAGUUGUCAUUAUUUUUUGUAGUAGAAUUUUUGAAGGCAAUUUACAUUCCAGGUAAAAAAGGGACUGUUAUCAUUUUUAUUUAAUCGCUAUGGUUUUUUCAAGAAAGCUGAUUUUUUUUGUUUUUAUUUUGCUUCAUGGGUUAUUUCUAAAAGGAUUUCAUACACUGCUUUAUUUAAGAAUGAGCAAUUUAACUUAUUAUAGAUAGCUUAGAUAAAAAAAUAUAAACGUGUUUUUUAUAAAGUGGUCUUUUUUCCAACAGUUAAUGAAAUUAUUUAUCUCAGCAAUUGCCAGUUAGUUUGAUAAAUGAAACCUAGUAAUGGACUUUUUUGUGAAGAUUUUUUUAAAUAAAUGUCAUCACUACA